UUUUUAACAUUAAUGAAGUUAAUAAGAAUCAUCUCAAACGGCUUCUGCAGCAGUUUCGCCUCGCUCUUGGAUCUCCGUUGAUUCUCGUAAAUUCAGUUGGCAAUUAACGUUCCAUUUCUUUCGCGAUUCCUACAAGUCUUUCUGUGUUCGUUUAUUAAUUUUCUGCUCAACAUCUUUGAACCCUACGGUUAUCAGUUUCCUUGUUGCCAUAUGCUGUGUUAUAGCUUGUAUCCGUACCUUUACCUGUUUUAUUUUGAUUAUUGGUGUUCUGAUUAUCCCUUUUUUGUUUUUAUUUAGUGUUUCUUCAAAUUAGGUUUUAGGUUUCUUAUGCUGGUAUGGAAGUCGAUAAGGGGAUAAAAUUGGAAGAGCGGGAAACUGGGAGCUGUUUUAGAAGUGGAGUAAGACUGAAGAGAGCGUAUAAGGAGUGCAUUGGAUGUAUUGAUUUGCAAGAUAAAGUUAAAAAAGCCAACGAAAAAUGUGCACUACUGGAAUUAGAUGUUGGAAAGAAAGACAUUUUGAUUGACCGUCUGGAGCUUAAGGUUGGAUUUAGGGAACUGGAAAAUAUCGAAUUCCUGGAUGAGGUUAUAAAGUUGAAACAGAGGAACGACGCUCUUGAAAAGCGCAUUCGAGAUAGUGAGGAGAUGGAACAGUUUGCACUUUUGAUGAAUGAGAGUGAGGCUUUGGUGUGUGAGAAGAGGAAAGCUGAAAGUGAGCUUGAGUUGUGGAAGUUGAAAUGUAAAGAAAUGGAGGUUCGGGUGAUGGAGUUGGCGAACAAACUAGCUGAUGGAACAACGAAGGUGGUUCUAGAUUUGCAAGCGAUGUGUUCAGGGGAGAUGAAUCAUCGAGGUGGUUCAUCAUCUGUAUUUAAUGUAGAAGGUGGGCACCCAUCAGCGGUGGGGGCUGCAACUGAAGAUGGAGCAAAUCACGAGGGAGACCAGCCAUGUAUUGUCAAAUCAAGAGUUAAAAAAUGCCUAGACUUUGGUCUAGAAAGGUGUCCGCUGCAGAAACAUUCUCCCUCGAAACUUGGCUAUAGGCCACCUCUUGAACCAAUUGGUGACAGUGAUGAUGAUCUUGACAUUGAACAUGUAUCUUUACCUGACGUUGGUUGUAACAAAAAGAGAAAGGCUCAGAGGUCAAGCGGUGUUGCAUUAGAGUCUGAGGAUGGAGUGGAGUCGCCCUUGAAAAAUAUGCGUAAGCCAACUGCUGAACAUAAGAGUGAUGAAGAGGAAACUAGCUGCUCUACUGCUGGACAACCAUUUCGGAUGCAUAAAAGGAGGAAAGUUAGGAAAGGAUUUACUCAAAUUGUUACUAGUGAGAGUGAAAGCGAUGAUGAGAUCCCACUUUCUAGACUGGCACACUGUCCUGAUACUCAGUUGAGGAGAAGAUUUGUUAAUGAUUCUUGUUUUGGGAACAAUCUCAGACAAGUCACUCCCAGACGAUGUUUGCUGAGUUUGGGAGAUAUUAAAGAUAACAGUGUUUCAGGUAAAUGUUCUCAGAGGAGCUCUGGAAACCGGGGUGAUUUAGGAAUAUCAGAGAACAUGAACGAAACUCUACUUGAAGACGAAAUGGAAGAGGAUGAGUUGAGUUCUGAAGGUGAAAGUUCUGGUGGUUUUACUGUGGACAGCACAAAUGUAUCAGACUGCGACGAUGUUUCUGAUCAUGAUGGCUCAUUCUCUGGGGAUUGUUUGGACAAAUCUGAAUGUUCUACAGGUGAGGGAGAGACAUGGCGAGUGUACAGACGAGGGCAAAGGGGUGUGAUGUUCGACCAGAGAAAAGGCGAGUUGGCUGACACGGAUGUGUGGUGUAGGGUGUGUCGAGCAAGCAGUGAACCUGGACUGGAUGGCAAGAAGUGCAAAAUAUGUAUUUAGUUAAAUAUGGAGUAUUGUAUUUCCGAAUACUCAGUUUGGAUAUUAUAAUUUCUUUCCAAGUAUUUCGAUACUUCUCCUUAUUUCCAGUAGCUGACUUUUGUGUAGGAAUCUUGUGUACCACUUAGGGUGUAGUACAGAUUUUGGAGAUCAGAAUAGGAUGGUUGUGACCGUGGCCAUGGGAUUUCAUCCAUGUUAUUUAACUGAUCAAACACAUUUUGUGCAACUUUUUCUAUUGCAGUA